GCUUACUUCACUUAGUAAUCAACGUGAGUCUUUAUAAUGGUCAAUUUACGUGCAUUCCUGACUUUUUGGUACUAAAGCUUCAAUGCUUCAUGAGUGGUCAUAAAAAUCAAGUCCUAGAAAUAUGUCUCACGCUUUACUAUCGUUCAUAUCUAAUGGUUCUUUAGAGGCCCUUGGGAUAGCUUACAUUAAGUUGACCAUGGGAUAGAAGCUGUUACUUCUUCGAAUGCCGCUUUCAACUAACACCAUACCUUUUUAAUCGACUAACCCGUACCAACUGGUGUUGGUCAAUGAUAAGUGGUUAGUUUGUAUGUUAAAUAACGUAGAGUAGACUGUAAUCAUCUAAAUCGCUGAGCAGGAGAAAAAUAUCAUCUUUACAAUGUAAAUGGUAUUUCCUUGGUUAGAUUAUGAAGCACAUAUGCAUCCUACUAUCUUAAUUAUCUAUUUAAAAUAAAUACCGAUAUAACUGGGCUCUAAAAUAAGUAUGCGCCACAGAAAACUAGUAUUGUGAAGACGUGCAUGGAGCCUGAGUGUAAUCAAAAUGAAUAAGUGGACCAGUGUAACUUGUAGUACGAGAGUCCCGAGAGCAUUUUCCAGCCGAAGAAUGUAGUAGAAAACUACAGCGAGAACGCUAUUGUCUUCUGUCCUAGGUAGUCUGAUAUCUCAGGCCACUUAGUUGCACUAUCGCUGGAACACUGAAUAGGGAGUUGUGAUUGACAGAUAGAUCCCAGUUCUCUACAUUCUUUCAUACCAUGGUACCAUAUUAUAGAGUGGCCACCUCUCCACUCAGUUGUAGCGUUAAGCAACGGACGGAGUGAAAUUCUCUGUGACGACAUUCCUACUUGUGUCUAGGCCUCCGCACCCGGUUCCUCAUGGUGAUCGUCUGUGUGCCAGAACACGCAUUUCGGAAUCACCUCAUUAUUAACAUGAUGUUGUUGCUAAAUAUCAACAACCCUCCUGGAAUAGCAAUGAAUCAUCUAACAUCCUCAAGUUCGAAAGGUCGGAUAUCGCAAGAACAGAGUCGAACUGCUCUCACCAAUGGGUUGUAGACCCAACUUCUUGUAGGUAAACUAACAUCACGACAGCACGAGUGGCGAAAGCCGCUCUAUCCACUACACAUAGAUUGAUUUCAUCUAACAGUAUCACCUGCACUCACAGCUACCUAGACAAACAAACCUUCCGACUGCUAACGUCUCACCACCAAAACUGAGAGCAGGCAUGGGUUCCUGUUAGUUGGAUUUAGAAAGUAUAUAGUACAUACUUAUGGACACCAAUUCCAAAUUAAUUGCGAUUUUUGUGUCUAGAGUAUCAUCACACAUCAAUAUAAUAUCAUUGGCAUACUCCAAAUCACUUUAGCAACAAUAAACUGCUGUCGCGUUGGUUUUCUGCAGAACACUUGUAAAAUGCACUAGGAUUAAUAAUACCGUUAUCUAGCUUCAGUGUAAUAAUAAUAAUAGGAUACAGUCCGCUCAGUUAUUCUUCAGAAAGUACACUUGGAAUGGUCUAAUUUACUGAUUUCAUUUUAUUAAGCGAUAUGCGCAAAUCAGAAGUCAAGGAAUAUUGUCACAUUAGGAUUGAAAAGGUAGGCAAACGUCCUUAUGUGGUUAUGAUAUCAAAGAUAUUCGGAGUACUAGUAACUCGUAACUUUCUCAUAUGCUACUUAUCUCAUUUUAUUAAUUAGUUAAUAGUUGCAUUAAUGUAGUACCUUGGUUCCUUUAGCAGAGUAAGGAUGCAAGAUGGUGUUUGUGAGCGUUUUGUUCGACGCUACUUAUUGUCGAAGAAUUUCAAAGAUACACUGAAUGCAUUCGAAAUCGAGUAUUCGAAAGAAAAAAAUAGAGGGAAAUUUCAGCCAUUGGAUAUUAUCGAUCAACUUCAAGAAGCGAUCUACGAUUCUAAUUUAUCUCAGUUAACCAAUCAGUGGAAUUUCUUAGAAAAUACACUAUUUCACCGGUUAUCGGGUGAUAAACAACUUGCUGCCAAUGAGCUCAAAGUGCAUGUUUUUCGUACAUACUUAGUGCAGGCUAAAAUAAAGAAACGUCAAGCUAAAAUGACUGAGUUUUUCGAAUUACUUUCUUCGCAGUUCUCCUUUGGAAAAGAGGAAUGGCAAAGUUGGUGUGCUUUGCCUUACGCAGCGGAUCCAAAAAUGCACUCAGAGUUUUUUAUGUAUUUUACAAAGUCAUGGAUGGAUGUAUUGAUUCUAUCACUAACAAACUUCCUCUGUUUGAUUAAUUAUUCUGAAAGUAACCAAAGCAGAGUAUUUUUUGAGACGGAGUUUCCGAACCGAAAGAAUAAAUCAAGCACAAACGAAAAGACAUCAACGUCAGGAAAUCAAUUACCAUUUGGAGAGCUCCUUGAUGACUUUAAUGAACUGGGAACCAUCCGAACAAAUUCGAAACUUUCAUGA